AUGGCGUCUUUCGCUCCCGGGAGUUUGCUGGUGGCCACGGCCUCUGGCCCGUGCCAGCAACCAGCGCUGCAGCUGGCACGCCCGCCUUUGCCACACCCACGCGGGCAGUCCCUUUUGACUCCUGUCCUCGCAUCGACCGCAGGUCUCUUCUGCUCUUUGGCCUCAAUGCCACGGCAGCGGAUGAGGAGGAGAGCAUCCAGAGAGAUCGCGGCAGGUCAGUCGUCGGACGGGGAGCUGGCUGGAGGGUCGUACGAACUGAUGAAGACCAGUGGUGUGGAGUGGACGAUGAUGUUCAAGGCCGCAGAUGACUUCGCGCGCAAGAACGGGUUACGGAAGCUGGGCGACUCCGAGACCGCAGCCUCCAAAAUGGCGGCUUUCUACCCUUCAGACGAGGCAUUCCGUGGCGUCCGUGACUGGUUGGAUGCCCGUGGCCUGCGCCGCCACUUUCCAGCCGUCAACCAGUGGUGCAAAGAGAUGGGUGCGGAAGACAUCAUCGAUCUGAUCGAGAACACGGAGGAGAUUGCCGAAUUUCUGGGGGAUGCCCUCAACGAGAAUGAGAGAGCUGACCUUUGCGGCAGAAGGUUUUCCGAAGGCCGAACCUCCUGA